CUCUUUAAAUGUUUAUGCCCCUUCUCUGUAUCCAUCCUUAAGCAUGUCUCUCAAUCUGUUUUUGUGUCUGUCAUGGCUCCUAUCAGCACAAGCCGCAUUGGAGACCAACACCACAUCUACCAACACAACUGCCACCGCCACCAACACAACCACCAGCGGCUUCAUGGUCAGCAAGCCUGGCUGCCCACUCAAAUGUGGCAACCUAACCGUUCCAUACCCAUUCGGCAUUGGAGUUGGAUCAGGCUGUUCCAUUGGCUCAUGGUUUGAGAUCAAUUGCAGCACUGCUUCCAAUCCCCCCAAGCCCUUAUUGGGCAGUCUUGAAGUUUUUGACAUAUCAGACACCCAAGUUCGCAUUAAAAAUACGGUGGCCUCCAAUUGCUACAAUCAAUCCGGUGCACUGAUCCACCAAAACACGGCUUGGACUAAAUUGGGUGACUCCCCAUACACCUUCUCAGACACUGCAAACAAGUUCACUGUCAUUGGAUGUGAUGACUUUGCUCUGAUUCUAGGCUCAGAAGGGCGAAAUUUCACUAGUGGAUGUGUUUCACUCUGCUCCAGAAGUGUUGAUGUGCUUGAUGGGUAUUGUACUGGCAUUGGUUGUUGUCAAACCUCAAUACCCAAAGGCCUAAAAAUGUAUUUUGCUUCAUUAAGUUCUUUGGGUAAUCACAGCAAGGUUUGGGGCUUUGAUCCUUGUAGUUAUGCCUUUUUGGGUGCGGAGGACAGUUUUAAGUUCAACGGAGUAUCGGACUUUUUGGAUCCAAAUUUCAGAAACAGGACCAUGGAUAGUGUACCGGUGGUGCUUGAUUGGGUGGUUGGGCAGAGUUGCAGUGAAGAUCAAAAGUUGAAUACCUUAGCAUGCCAGCAGAAUAGUUACUGCGCUGAUUUAGACAGUGGUUUUGGAGGGUACCUUUGUAGCUGCAACAAGGGUUAUGAGGGCAACCCUUAUCUCAGUCCUGGAUGCCAAGAUAUCAACGAGUGUAUUAAUUGCGACAGCAACAACUGUGAUGUGAAUGCGAUUUGCAUUAACACGCCAGGAAGUUUUAACUGUACUUGUGCACAUGGAUACUAUGGCGAUGGCAGAAGAGAUGGGCAUGGGUGCAUCAAGCAGGUCUCACAAUUUCCAGUAAUCAAGCUCUCUUUAGGAUUGAGCUUUGGCUUCUUGUCAUUACUCAUUGCUGUGACUUUGCUAUACUUCAGCAUCAAGAGAAGGCAACAUAUCAAACUCAGAGAGAAAUUCUUUCAACAAAAUGGUGGGUUAUUGAUGAAACAACAAAUUUCAUCAAAUGAAGGAGGCCUAGAGUCGUCAAAAAUCUUUACAGCAGAAGAGCUGAAAAAAGCCACCAACAACUACGCUGAGGAUCGAAUCCUAGGCAGAGGUGGUUACGGUGUUGUUUACAAAGGAAUCGUGCCCAAUCAACGCAUAGUCGCAAUUAAAAAAUCUAGAAUAAUGGAUGAGACCCAAAUAGAGCAAUUCAUCAAUGAGGUGGUCAUUCUCACACAAGUCAACCAUAGAAAUGUUGUGAAGCUCUUGGGAUGUUGUUUGGAGACCGAAGUUCCUCUACUAGUUUAUGAAUACGUGUCGAAUGGCACACUUUUCCACCACAUCCACAAAAGUGCGUUGUCUUGGCUAUCGUGGGACCAUCGUUUAAGGAUAGCCGCGGAAACUGCAGGUUCACUUGCUUAUCUUCACUCUGCAGCUUCCAAACCCAUCAUUCAUCGAGAUGUAAAGUCCGCCAAUAUAUUACUAGACGAUAACUACACAGCGAAAAUAUCAGAUUUUGGAGCUUCAAGGUUGGUCCCACUAGACCAAACCCAAGUAACCACACUAGUUCAAGGUACCUUAGGGUAUUUAGAUCCAGAGUACUUUCACACGAGCCAGUUGACAGAAAAGAGCGACGUUUACAGUUUUGGAGUGGUUCUCGCUGAACUUAUGACGGGUAAAAAACCCUUAUGCCCCGAGAGGCCUCAAGAAGAGAGAAAUUUAGCGACAUAUUUCAUUUUGUCGAUGAAGGAAAACCGGUUGUUUCAAAUUCUCGAGCCUCGGGUGGUGAGGGAAGGGACAUUGGACCAGCUACAAACAGUUGCAGAGCUUGUAAAGAGGUGUCUUAAAUUGAUAAGUGAAGAGAGGCCUACAAUGAAGGAAGUGGCAAUGCAAUUGGAAGGUUUGAGGAAGUUUACUAAACAUCCUUGGGUUCAUCAACAAGGCCAAGAAGAGAGUGUGAGUUGUCAAGAAGAGAGUGUGAGUUUGAUGAGUGAAACAUCAGACCUUUACACUGUGCCAUUAAGCCCUUAUAAUACUGGUGGCAUUGUUUCUGGGCAAUAUAGUUUGGACAGCCAAACAAUAUUCCCGGCUAACAGCCCCCGCUGAUAUAAUUUUCUGAAUAUGUAGCAUUGUAUGUUGUAAGGUGAUCGUAGUUCCUGUUUGUUCACUGUUUUUUUUUUUUUUUUUCUAAUCUAAUUUCUGUUUGUUAAUCUGGUUUUGAGUGUACAAGAUGGAUUUACCCCUUGUAGUGCUUG